AUGGAACUCGACCGAGAACAUUUUCGCGCCAUAAUUUAUUACAACUUUCAGAGACAAUUACCGCAACAAGAAUAUUCGCCACAUCAGUCGACAAUUUCACGUUGGUGUGGAGGAUUCAAACGUGGAAGGGUGAGUCUUAGCGACGAUCCCAGGGUGGGUCCACCAAAAACGGCAGUCACCCAGGAAAACGUCGAUGCUGUGCGCAAACUCAUCUUUGAAGAUAGACAUGUGACAUAUCGCGAGAUUGAGGCGUCCUUGAAGAUCUCAAAGACCUCGAUUCAAAAAAUUUUACAUGAAGAAUUAGGAGUAAGAAAAUUAAAAGCAGCUGGGGUUAAUUGGUGUCAAAAAACGGUUGACGGUUUCAAUUCAGGAAACUCAAAAAAUGUGUACAGCAUUUCGGCUAUUUUAGUGUUCCAAGGUGAAGAAAAGCCAACAAAACAACAAUUGCUCUUUAUCGAGCAAAGAACUGUUACUGCGGAUUGGUAUACCACCAUUUGUAUGCCAAAAGUCAUCACCGAGCUUCGAAAAAUCAACCCCGAAAGAAGAAUCAUCCUCCACCAAGACAAUGCAAGCUCGCACACAGCCCAAAAAACAAGACAGUUUUUAACGGAAGAAAACGUGGAAUUAUUGGACCAUCCUCCAUAUAGGCCCGAUCUAAGUCCUAACGAUUUCCCUAACAUUAAAAACAGACUGCGUGGUCAAAGGUUCCAGUCACCAGAAGAAGCAGUUGACGCAUUCAAAAAUGCCGUUUUGGAUCUGCCAGCAAACGAGUGGAAUAAGUGUUUCGAAAAUUGGUUCGAGCGCAUGCAGAUGUAUGUUAAUCUUCGUGGAGAAUACUUCGAAAAACAAUAA